AUGACCACCACCACCCGCACCCCACCACCCGACGCCACCCCCAAACCAACCCUCUACCUCCUCGAGUCCUUCCCACCCGCCGCCAUCGCUCACGCCCAAACCCUCUUCCCCACCGUCGUCCUCCCGUCCGACCCGGAAAUCGCCAACUGGCGCGCAUCCGCCACGGCCAUCCUCGUGCGCGAGCAGCCCAUCACCGCCGCCGACAUCGCCGCCGCCGCCGCCGCGUCGCCUCCGCGUCUCCGCGCCAUCGGCAAGCAAGGCACGGGCAUCGACAUCAUCGACGCGGGCGCGUGCGCGGCGCGCGGCAUCGCCAUCCUCAACACGCCGGGCGUCAACGCGGGCGCCGUCGCGGAGCUGGCGCUCGCGCUGGCGCUGGCGGCGGCGAGGCAGCUGCGCAGAGUCGUUGUCGGGCAGGCGGCGGGCCGCGAGGUGCGGAAGGAGCACUGCGCCGGCGUGACGUUGGCGGGCAAGGCGGUGGGGGUGGUGGGGAUGGGCGCGGUGGGGACGGCGGUGGCGAGGAUGUUUGUCGGCGCGUUUGGGGCGAGGGUGUGGGCGUGCGAUCCGGUGGCGCCGGCGGACGCGUGGGCAGAUGAUGUCGAGCAUGUGCGGGUCGGGACGCUGGAGGAGAUGCUGCCGCAUGUGGAUGUCUUGACGUUACAUGUGCCGCUGACGGCCGAGACGAGGGGGAUGGUGGGAAUGAGGGAGUUGCGGUUGAUGCGGAGGGGGGCCAUUUUGGUCAAUGUUUCGCGUGGGGGGAUUGUGGAUGAGGAGGCGUUGCUGCGGGCUUUGGAGGAGGGGCUCAUCUGGGGCGCUGGCCUGGACUGCCAUGAGGAGGAGCCGCCGACGCUGGCCAAGUAUGAGGCCCUGUGGGCCACGGGGAAAGUCAUCAGUACGCCGCACAUUGGCGCUACUACCGCCGAAACUCAGGUCCGGACGGCCAUGACGGCCAUCGAUAACAUCCACCGGUACUUGAGCAGUGGUAGUGUCUAG